UAUUUUCCACUUUGCUUCCAUCAAGAAGUGUAAACGUGUCCUGUCUUUUCCCGCAGUGUCGGGUACGUGGCCCCUGCCCCAUUGGCCCUAGCGGGUGCGGCCAAUGGCAGCCAUGGAUUUCGUUAGAUACGCUGCUUUAAUCAGGGACCCACCUGAUCUGUAUUCUCCAAUCACAUCUCCUCACUCUUUGAUUGUUGCCCUAGACACGUGGUGCUACCUUACCCGGCGACUACUUCCCACUGUUCGGUAACCCCUCUUCUGACCAUUAUGCCAUUAUCGGCCUUAGCCAGUAGUAGCGGACUAAGAGUAGGCCUCCGGGGGAACGAAGUACUAACUAAAAUGUUUACGCUGCCAAGAUUCUAGCUGGAGAGAGAGAGAAAGAGAGAUAUAUAUUGAGGGACACGCGUCAGGAGAUGGACAUCGGAAAAGGAUGGCCCCGUGCUGCACAUGACAAUACCAUUAUCAACCGGAUCAUGCUGCGAUUCCGGCCCAUCGCCCCGAAACCGGUCUCGGCCGGAGCAGCUUCGGACUCUGCAUCGGCGGCAAGCAAGACGGGGCCGGUUACCAAAAGACGAGCUAAGAGGAAGUACGUUCGAGUUAAGAAGAAUAACAAGUGCAAGUCGUCUUCAAACAACUACAAGGAGGAGCAGGUGGUGGAAGAGGUGGAGAAACAAAAAGAUCUCAUCCGGUUUGAUGUAAGCUUACAGCUACAGACCCCUCUGCCCAUCAUCUGCGGGACCAAGGUCUCUCCCGAUAUAGGCUCCUCCAAUUCCAAUAAUGGUAGCUUCCUGCUUGAGCAGCGCCAGCCCAUACUCAUGAAUUUCGAUAAUCGCGGUAUCUUCAACCUGUGUUUGGCAGAUCAGUCAGAUCGAAGGGCGGCAGCGGCGGCGGUAAGGGUAGUGGAGUCGUGGGUGGUGGUGGACGGCGCGGCCGAGGCGUUACCGGACGCAGGAGGAUUGGGGAGUACGGACAGGGAGAAGAUGGCGAAUCUGGAGUUGGAUACAUGUCCCGGACUAAUCUCCGAUGCUAUGUAUAGGGUGCAGUGGGUUAAUCUCGCUUACAAGAGAAUGGUGGAUCCCGAUCGCGGUGGCCGGGAGGGGGCCGUCGGAGAACCGCCGCCGGCUGAGGUGGUGGUUCGGUUGGUGUUGAAGCAAAACAUACCAGCGGAGUGGCCAAUGUUUGCAUGCACGGUGAGGGUGGUGUACACGUGGCGUAAAGAGAAGUUAACGAGGACAAUGCCGUGUGAUGUGUGGAAGAUGGAUUUUGGAGGAUUUGCAUGGAGGCUUGAUGCUGCGGCUGCCCUUAGUUUGGGCCGUUGAAACUUUGAAGACAAGCCUCGUUUCAAAGUUCCCAACUUCCAAACCCCCCAUGAAAUGAAAAGCUUCUUCAAGUUAAAAGCUUUUCUCUUCUCAGGUAUUAAAUAAUAUGCAGACUCGUUUAAACAACAACAACUCGCCGCAAAAGACCUAAUCCCUAAACCCCAAACUAUAUGGUGGCUUCUUAUAACUCUUCUUCUGAUCAUGUGGAUAAAUUCCAGCAGUUUCAAUUUGCCGCUAGUAUUAUAUAUGCUGUAAAUUAUUAACUAUAUAUGUCUGAAAAUGUGUGCUCAAGCUCAAAAUUAAAACUCUUCAAGAGAGAAGAAAAAAAAAAUUGAAAAGUCA